AUGGCACAGCAGGACAAGUCGGACCAGGAAGUCUCGGACAGGCUCGUACGGGCCGCUCUCGCCGACCCCGCCAUCUUCUGCCCCGGCUUCGACGCCUCGCGCGUCUUCGCCCUCAUCUCCGUCGUCCUCCAGUCCCCUUCGUCACCCAAGAAGCGCCUCCUCCGUGCUAUCAAGACUGUCUACCUCUUCCAGGUUACCAACUCGAGCGGGCAGGAGGCGCAAUGGUGGUUGGACAUGAAGAAGAAGGGUCGAGUCGGCGUCCUCAAGCCCGGCGAGAAGGCGCCUCUCAAGCCAGACGUGAUCGUUCGAGUCCAGGACCGCGACCUCGUCGGACUCGUGACAGGAAGGCUCACGCCGCAGAAGCUCUACGCCGCCAAGCGCCUCCACAUCCGUGGCGACCUCGACCGGUCCUUCCAAGCCCUGCGCAUCCUCUCGCAAGAACGCGAGAAACUCGAACGCCUCGCCGGUCCCGAAGUCAAGUCUUCCUCUUCCGAGGGUGUGUGGGCGCAGUUUGGCGGGAACGGGAAGCAGAAGAGUGUGGGUGAGAAGGUUAGUGAGGGAUGGGAGACGGUCAAGGCCAAGCUUUGA